UCUGAGAAGAGCGCGCAGGGGACGACUUGGAGGCGCUUGAUACUUAGCGGAUACAUUUGAAUGGGCUCUUAGACUUUGAGAAACGAGAUAAGGACAUCUGGGAAAUACUCCGAGCUAGAAGCAAAAAAAUAUCAAGAGAGACACUGGAUAAACGACAAGACUGAGAUAAUUGUGAAUCAUGCAGCACUACGGAGUGAACGGAUACUCUCUCCACGCCAUGAAUUCGCUGAGCGCCAUGUACAACCUGCAUCAACAGGCUGCGCAACAAGCGCAACACGCUCCUGAUUACCGGCCGUCCGUUCACGCGCUCACCCUGGCGGAGAGGCUGGCUGAUAUCAUACUUGAGGCUCGCUACGGCUCUCAGCAUCGCAAACAACGCCGCAGUCGCACCGCUUUCACAGCCCAGCAGCUGGAGGCUUUGGAGAAGACUUUCCAGAAGACUCACUAUCCAGACGUGGUGAUGCGGGAGCGGCUGGCAAUGUGCACCAACUUACCCGAGGCACGCGUGCAGGUAUGGUUCAAGAACCGCCGGGCAAAGUUUCGCAAGAAGCAGCGAAGCCUCCAAAAAGAGCAACUUCAGAAGCAGAAAGAUGUCUCAACAGAUGGAGCCCUAGCAGCAAGCGAUAAGGAUGACACCCCCUCCAGCUUAAAUCUUGAGAACCAGCCACCUUCGUCCUCCUCCUCUUCUACCUCCAUGGAAGCAGAGGCGGCUCCUCAUGCCCUUGGAUCAGAACUUAGUGUUGAGCUCAAUGUGACAUCUGCAGAGCAGUCAGGCAGCGAAUCAGCCACAGAGGACAACGCAACCGACAAGGAGGAGGAGAUAAAGCAGCACAGAGAAGAUCUGAAGGUUGAGAAGGAACCAGCACCUGGAAACCUUUCUCCUCUUUGCAAACGUCUUAGCCCCAAACCAGAUUCUCCUCUUGGUUCACCAGCCAUCUCCUCUUCCUCUAGCGGGGUGACCGGCGGGAUCUCUCAGAGUCACUCGUACUCCUCGUCUCCGCUCAGCCUCUUCCGUCUGCAGGAGCAGUUUCGCCAGCAUAUGGCUGCUACCAACAACCUAGUUCACUAUCCGUCUUUCGACAUGGCGACCCCAUCAUCUAUACCAUACCUAGGCAUGAACGUCAACAUGCCAGCACCCCUGGGUUCCCUCCCAUGCCAGUCCUAUUAUCAGUCUCUAUCCCACCACGCGCAGCAAGUUUGGAACAGCCCCCUGCUGCAGGCCUCUGGAAGCCUUCCUAGCCACAACAGCAAGACCACCAGCAUUGAGAACCUACGCUUGCGGGCCAAGCAGCAUGCGGCAUCACUGGGCCUGGACACACUGCCCAACUGAGCAGGAGACUGAAAACUACUGAGCAAGGGAACAACUCUCUACCACUACUAACAUGCCAGCUGGACUUCUGAAGUUAGGGCCAAUCCUCGAAAAAUGAAACCUUAAAAAUAAAGGUUCUUUAUCAGCAUUGAUGAUUCCAUCAAGAACCUCCAUGGAAGCUUUCCUUUAGGCUCUAAAGAACUGUUCACCAAACCACAACCGGUUAUUGUAUCUCUUGGAACCUUUACUUUCAAGAGUAAAUUUCUCUUGACUAUACUGUUUCAGAAGAGGCAAAUCAAGACUUGUAUUCAGUUUAGAGGGUUUGUUAUUAAUUAUGAAUCUCUCAUUUAAGAUCUUAAAGUCGUCAGUUUUGCUUAAAAAGACAAGCAGGCCCUGGAUUAGGAUUAGUGUUAUUUAUAUGUUUUGGACAGGUGUAGAUGUUUGAUAUAAGCACUUUUUCCGGAGAGGAUCUCAGCGGGUUGCAUGCACUACACAGCGGAAUCUGAAAAGAACUUUCUUUUAAAUUAAUUAUUAUGCUUCUCAAAUUACACAUCACAGAAAUUACCUUGUAAAUGUAAAUCUUGCACAACUAAAAAGAUUAAUUAAACCCAACCUGUUUAAUGGUCAGGAUUAAACCACGGUAAAUUGAGGAUGGUUGGGUAAUGAGGAAAUGAUUUCAUUGACUACAUAUGCAAAGCUUUUAAUUACAUGUAGCCUCAGGCGGAGGAAGGAAUGCAAUUACAGACCAUGCAUAUCAUUGGAAAUUGCCAUAUUAGCACUCAGAGGAAAAAUACUCUCAUGAAAACUAGUGCUUACUCGCAUAUAAAUGUUGCAACAGGAACAAAUGCUGAAUAGUGGUCAGAACAGGAAAGCACUUCCAUGUAUGGCAGCUUUUCCUCCCCCUCUCUGCUCAUCCGUUAACUCUCAGUGCUGAGCUCUCAUUGUGUUUGUAAAGUAUUUUAAUAUGUAAAAUACAAAGUCUUUAUAAAUGUUUACUGGUAAGGCAAAAAUGUAAAAGUUCUAUGUUUUAGAUUGAAAAGAAUUUAACCCUGUGAUGAUUCUGGUAGCUGUCUGUUUGUAAGAUUGUACUGGGUGGGCCGCACAGCCCGCCUGCGUCUCCCCCAGAUUAUUUAACCUAUACAGUCUGGUCGUCUAUGUAGCUCUUUCAUCGUCACUGUGGACAUCAAUAUACAGUCACUCGCAUCACCACGCAAAGUGGUGAAUUUGUAGCCUAUAUUGGUGGAGAGUGUUCCAGAAGUAUACACAUUUUUCCCAAUGUCAACUGUAGAUUUAAAAACUUGUAAAAUAAAACUUCAA